AUGAUCAACUAUUUGUUUGCUGUUGCGCUUUUAAUAAUGCAGCAACUAGCGGCCGUAGACGCGACGGCGCAAAAGGGGAUGCUUCCAGCUUUCUGGAAACCGCUUUGUGGACUCUCCGAAGAGCUGGAUAGCAAACCGCACAAAGCAAUUUCAGACCUACAAUCGGCAACGAGCCAAGUCGAACUCAUGCAGCGCGCCACCCUGAGGGCACAAAUUUAUGGCUUAGCGAUGGCAGGAACAAAAGAAGCAACGCCAACGGCUUUAGCAGAACUUUACUACAGCAGCAAGGUGCAGGCCUCCCUUUCUAAACUAAGGACAACGUCAAUACAAGCAGCCAUCGAAACCGCAAGCGCGGCAACGUACCUCAAAGGGCAUGUAGAUGAAUACUUAUCGUUAUGGUCUAACGUAAACCAAGGCGGCAGCGACGGCUGCCUGCUAACAAAUGCCGGGUCAGCGGCGGCGACCAUAACUCAAAACAGGCUUGGCGGCACGGAAUGCAAACUGAAACUAACAGGGGCAAGCAGCAGCGGCAUACAACCAACCCAUAUAACUGCCAACGGCUUUCCCCAGCUGGCGCAUAGGAUAUCCGGAGACGACGAACAGCACUCAAGCGGGAAGUGCACACUUGCCAGCGGCCACACAAACAAUGGCCUAGGAGACGGCUCAGCGCUGGCAGCAAACUUCAAGGUGCUAGACGGCUACCUAACAAUUCCAAACAGCGCCAACGCGCUGAGCAUAAACAGCGUACAAACAAUGACCCAAGAGCACGCCAAUACGCACCCGGCGUGGUACAACGCAUGGUCGAAAAACAAGCUCCCACCGCAAGCAGAGGAUCCAGCCUUCACCAACACUACUGGCGAAAUCAAAAAUUACAACUUAGUCAGCGAAGCGAUCAGAACAGUCAACCUUAAAAAAGCAGAGGCAGCCGACGCAGAUGUAGAGGCACAAGUGACCUCUUACUUUGGCGGAAAAGACGACGCAAAGUGGAAAGAGUUCAUAGCAAAAAUUGAGAAAUUUCCGAUACCCGCCAAAACAGGCAAACAAGCUGAGCCAACGACAUUGGGGGCAAUAGAAGAUACAGAGACGCUACUUACAAUACUGUAUCACUACCAAUUGCAACUGAGCAAGAGAUUGACAGAGCUACAAACAAGAUUGGAUGACACUGAAUCCAAGGGUAAAAAUAAAACCCCAGAGCAACUAUGUAACGAAAUAAAAGAUGCAAAAACAUGCAAUGCUGACAAAAAAUGCAAAUAUGAUGAAACAAAAAAAGAAGAACCAAAGUGCACAUUGAGUGAGGAAGGGAAACAAAAAGCAGCAGAAAAAGCAAACCAAGAAACAGAAGGGAAAGAUGAGAAACCUGGAACUACAAACACCACAGCAAGCAAUUCUUUUGUCAUUAACAAAGCCCCUCUUUUGCUUGCAUUUUUGCUUUUUUAA